UGUUCCUUUUAAAAUAUCAAAUCACACUGCUUUUUAUAAAGCUGUAGAUUAUUUUACUUAUAAUGGUAGGCUUAAAUAUACAUUUAAAAAAUAAAAGUCAGUAGACAUAUCCAGUUGUUCAACUGAAUCAUUAGAAAGAUUCAAUUCAAAACGAUUCAUUCGCGACUUGGACAUCUCUGUAUGGAACUGAAGAGUAAACUUUUGCGAAAGAUGAGACAGGGACGCGCUGUCUGUGGAGGCGGAGGUAUCGACAUCGACAAAACGACUUUCUUAGAAAAUGUUGCUCUAACUAGACUAUAAAAUUCGCUUUUAUUUGCUUGGUAAAAUGAUUGCUUUGUUCCUUUAAAAUGUUAUAUGCGAACAAUAUUGAACAGAAAUAGAUGGUCACGGCGCAGCAGCAUUCAAGUCCGUACAAAGGCUACAAUACUUUAACAAUGUUAGUGAUGACAGGGUAGAACAAAUUGCGAACCUAAUUUCCAAGCGCGUCUGUUUCCCCAGUAUCCCAUCCUAUAACAUGACAUGCAGCGGUGUUAUUUUGCGCUGUGACACGAGUAAAAUAGUGGGACCUGGUAUUUUCAGUUUGCCUACAACUUCGCAAAUCUUACUUAUUGGGGAAAUUAUAGUGGAUGGGGUCACUGUCAACGCACGGACAAAUGGAAAAAAGUACCUUUCUUUUAACGCUUUUGACUACUUUUAGCUGCAUUGUCAGCUCAACAUACGGAACGUGGAAGAGCGGUUUCCAGUCGAAUCUUGUGAACAACAUGGACAAGCCGAACUCGCAGCCUCACAUCAUCUUUAUCAUGGUUGAUGACCAAGGAUUUCGAGACGUAGGGUAUCAUGGGUCCGAAAUUAAGACCCCAACGCUGGACAGGCUCGCUGCAGCAGGAGUCAAGCUGGAGAAUUACUAUGUGCAGCCUCUGUGUAGCCCGUCCAGGAGCCAGCUGAUGACCGGCAGAUAUCAAAUCCACACUGGCCUCCAGCAUUCCAUCAUCCGACCUACUCAACCGAAUUGCCUUCCUUUGGAGAACAUCACUCUUCCUCAGAAACUGAAGAACGCCGGCUACUCAACGCAUAUGGUGGGGAAGUGGCACCUUGGCUUUUACAAGCGUGCAUGUAUGCCUACGCAGCGUGGGUUUGACACCUUCUUUGGCUCUUUGUUGGGGAGUGGUGACUACUACAGCCAUUACAAAUGUGACAGUCCAGGAUUGUGUGGGUACGAUCUUCACGAGGGGGAAGAAGCUGCCUGGGAGCAGGACCGUGGCGUCUAUUCCACCAUCAUGUAUACGCAGAAGGCUGUGAACAUUCUGGCAUCUCACAACCCUAAACGACCCAUCUUUCUUUAUUUGGCCUUUCAGGCUGUGCACUCACCCUUGCAGGUUCCUGCCCGCUACCUCGAACGCUACAAGUCUAUCCCAAACUUGCAUCGUCGCAAGUAUGCAGCAAUGGUCAGUUGCUUGGAUGAGGCGGUACGCAAUCUAACUCUUGCCCUAAAGCAGUAUGGUUAUUAUGACAACAUGGUUAUGGUCUACUCUUCAGACAAUGGAGGCCAACCUAUGGCAGGAGGCAGCAAUUGGCCGCUAAGGGGCAGUAAAGGAAGCUACUGGGAGGGUGGAAUACGAGCAGUAGGGUUUGUACAUAGCCCUUUACUGGUCAAAAAGGGCACUAAAAGCAAGGCUCUGAUACAUAUUACUGACUGGUACCCAACACUGGUGAUGCUUGGUGAAGGUACACUUGAUGAGAACCAGAAUCUUGAUGGUUAUGAUGUCUGGGAAGCUAUCAGCGAGGGACGUCCCUCACCUCGACUGGAUAUUCUCCACAACAUAGACCCCAUCUACACAAAAGCCAAGAAUGGCUCCUGGAAAGCAGGCUAUGGAAUUUGGAACACAGCCGUGCAGGCAGCACUCCGUGUAGGUGACUGGAAGCUUUUGACUGGUGUGCCAGGAUAUAGUGACUGGAUUCCACCUCAGACUUUCUCCACACUCCUGCUGGCCAACCGUUGGCACAAUGAGCGUGUGAGCUGGGAUCGAGGCAAGUCUGUAUGGCUCUUCAACAUUACAGCCGAUCCAUAUGAACGUGUGGAUCUUUCUCGACAAUACCCACAUGUGGUUAAGAAGAUGCUCUUUAAGCUUUUACGGUACAGCAAGAAUGCUGUGCCAUGUCGUUACCCUCCCAAAGACUAUCGCUCCAAUCCUCAGUAUAAUGGGGGAGUCUGGGGCCCCUGGUACACAGAUGAUGACCAAGAUGAGGAUGAUAACCUUCUCUCAUAUGAUUUAGAACAGAUGAAAAGUUGGAAGAAAGCAAAACGGAGAGGGAAAUUCAAAAGAAAGAUUUGAGGUUGACAAAAGUUUAUGCUGGCUCCCAGUUUGACUAUCAUGGUACACUUAUGAACUCAGGGAUGAUUGACUGGCACAGUCAUUUUCACUGAUGUAUGGAUUUACCUUCAAACUCAAAAGUGAAUUGUGUCUUAUUUCAAACUUGUCUUUUCCGGUUCAAUGUGCAAAAAAAUAGUUUCACGCGGCCGCCUUUUUAAAAGCAAAAUCAAGGCUGCAGUUAGGAAGAAACCCAAAAGUAUCGCCUGUGCAUUCUCAGUGCAUUUAUUGUGCAUGGCCAUACACCCAUCACAAUCAUGAGGAAGGUCUCUCCACACCACCACCAUUUUGCUCACAGUGAUAGAGGCAAUUUUAAAAGCAAAAUCAAGUCUGCAGUUAGGAAGAAACCGAGAAGUAUCGCCUGAGUUACACAGGAACAUUGUGUAUAUAUACUGAUAAUAUAUAAUGGCUGUAUAUAUUGUCAAUGAAGAGAAAGUGAAAUAAAUUUAUAAUUUCACUGCCUUCAUAGUGACCCAAAGGUAUGUUUUGAAUAGAUAGUAAAAAUAAAAAGGGAUAUCAGACCUCAUUUUUAACUAAGUCAAGUGAAAUGGCACUAGUUAGCUAAAGAUUUGUUUCCCAAACACAUGUUUUAGAUGCCAUUUAUCAAACUCAGGUUAAUGAACUGAUUCUUUCACUAUAAUAGACUUGUCACGAUACAGAAUUUUCCACUAACAUUUAAGCACUGUUGAGGGUGUUUUUAAACACCGCUGAAUUGCCAUUGUGUUCACCAGUGUAAUGUAAUGUGUGUAUUUAUAUAGUGCUUUUAUUGUGUAUGGCCAUACACCCUUCACAGUCAUGAGAAAGGUCUUUCCACAGCACCAACAGCGUGCUCACAGCGAUAGAACCGAUUCAGGGAAUGGGAAUGAUUGGGAGGCCAUGAUGGGUAAGGGCCAAUGAAGGUAAUUUGGCCAGGAGACCGGCAUUACACGCCUAUCUUUACAAGAAGUGGCAUGGGAUUUUUAAUGAGCACACACAGUCAGGACCUCAGUUUAACGUCUCAUCCGAAAGACGGCGCUCACUGACUGUAUAGUGUGCCCUACACUUUUACUGGGGCAUUAAGACUCACAAAGACCGCAGGUUGAGCACUCCCUGCUGGCCUUACAAACACCACUUCCAACAGCAACCUAGUUUUCCCUUGUGGUACUGACCAGGCUCAGUCCUGCUUAACUUCAACAAAAAUUACUGUGAUUGACCGUGAAGGUCAUCAGUUCACCGCACUUAACAAUGUUUACUGAGUGCAAACACAGACAAGCAAUCCGCUGACAACUCGACUGAUCUUCACAGCUUUAAAACAAUUUAGUGUCCCUUUAUUUGCACUCGGUAAAGAGCGGAGAACAGAUGACCUUCACGGCCAAACACAGAAUACUUUGGCAAAACAGCGCUGUAUAAGAACGCGCCCAGCGGCACUUAAAUGUUAGCGGGAAAUUGACUUUUUAAUAUUUCCGUACUAGGACAACCCAAUUACAGACAACACAAGGGUGUGCUACAGAGGACUGUAUUAUUAAUCACUCACCUGGUUACAUAGGCUAAAGCAAGGAAGCAUCCCCAUGGUGUUUACCUGGUGCCAUGAACUGAAACCUAGGAGGACACCUAAGCGUAAUACUCUUAAAGAGAUUGUGACUUUGUUUGAUGCCUAAUAUGCUUUUAAUUGAUUAAAUUAAACUUAACUGAAGGAUAUUAAAGUGAUGUUUACACCGCAUCUGCACUUCGAAAUGGCAGCAACAGCUUGAGGUUUGUAGUCCACAGCAUGUUGUCGCAAUGCCUACAGUGCUGAUCCUGCAACUUCAAGCCGCGAAACAAGCUGUUUUUAACGUCUAAAAAUGAAUGGAAGUAAAUGAGACCGGAAGUCUUGAGCCAAAAAGAUUCAAAUGGCUUCAUCUGCUCGAAUACUUGGUGAAUACUUCUGUGUUUCUUUCUUUCGUCUUUUAAAAUGGCUGCUGAGUGAAAUAAGCAUAUUGACAAUUUGUUUGUAGAGUGUAAACACUGUGGGACAUUCAAAGCAUGGCUGAUGUUUGAAUAGACUGACUUAUGAACUUUUAGAUCAAGCUAUUUUUGGGCCAGGACAACCAUCAUCAAAUAAAAGAAAAGCAUCUCAAUUUGGUGCCUUUCGAUGUAAUGAUAAACAUGCUGAUGAAGGAAACCACUUAAAUAACUACUGCAAGUCCAAAAGCUUGAACUAAAUAUAGAUUUUUUUGUUAUUGUUUUCUCGUUGCUCACAAAUUGAAACUGGUGCUGUUUGAAUUGAGAAAAGUGUUAUAAGUGUUUUAUCGAUUACGAAAUGUAAAAUUUAGAGCUGUGUUUUACUUCAUUAAACUGUUUUGUUUAAUUCUUGCCUUGUCAGGCACCAGUUAAAACAACUUGAAUGUAAGAUCAAUACACACUUCUUUUCUAAGUCA